CUUAUCAUUCAUUUUACCAAGUUGUCUUUACUUAAAAUACUAAUAUAUUUAAAAAACAAUGUGCUUAUAUUCGGGCAGAGCAUCUGCAAUUUUUAGGACUCGUUUACCCGUAGUCUCGUACUUUAUUAAACCAAACCACAUUCCCUUGAACAUUGAUAAACGAAAUUACUUAGCUGUGACCUGGAUAUGUCCUUCGAUCACUAAAAAAGAAGCUGGAAUAAAGUGUUGCCUGCCUGUACACCGCCUCCAAAACCUGCAGGAAAACCAGUUCUCAGCCAGUUCAAAUCUCAAAAAUAAUGCUCUAAUAUUCCCAACAAGACGCUGUUUCAGUUUGCAAUCAAUACCUCCGCCGUCUUCCCCAGAGAAGUCGCCAUCAGCAGGGCCACAACCAACACCCACCAUCGAUAUUAAGCCGAGUAAAACAGAGCAACUCAAGGGAGCCUUUAAGGAAUAUGGACCUACCAUAAUGGCCUUUCAUUUGGCCAUUUCCCUGAUAUCCUUUGCCGGCUUCUAUGCACUUGUAUCUGGCGGAAUAGACCUGGCUCCCAUAUUGGAGUUCCUGGGAGUUAACUCAACAGCACUGGCCGAGAAUGUGGCCACGGGUAGCACCUUUGUGGUGGCUUUUGCCAUUCACAAAGUCCUUGCACCGAUUAGAAUAAGCAUCACGCUGGGUGUCACACCCUUUAUUGUGCGCUAUUUGAGAUCUAAAGGGUUAAUCAAGGCAAAAACCAAGGCUCUGUAAUUACUAUUUUAAAUUUUAAAAGCUUUACUUACUAAAUUCUGUUUAUUGAAGAAAUAAAAUGAUGGGAAAAUUGAUGAUAUUAAA